AUGAUUUGCAUCAACUGUUGCAGAGAGGUGGAUUGUCUGUAUGUCAGGUAUUCCAAUAACCACAUUCGACUCACGGACUGUCCCGAUUGCAAAGAGGUUGUGGACCGUUACGUGGAGAUAGACAAUGUGCUGCUGUUCAUCGAUUUACUGCUGCUAAAACCUGGAGCGUAUCGACAUUUGGUGUAUAACUCACUGGAGAUGGAACUGUCGAAAUUUUCCCAUAAUGAACAAAAUCGUGGUUCUCUGGUUAGAGCUAGAGAUAGAAGCGUGAAACGCCGGGUUUUGGAUCUCGCUUCUCGGUUACGGGAUUGGUUUGUGAAGUUUGACAAGUUAAAUCGAGUUUGGGUUAUCAUAACAGCUUUUGAAGUAUAUUUGACAUGGGUUUCUGAGGAACGACGUUUCCAGACUCAGAGCUUGGAAACACGAGGCUUGUUGAUGCAUCAACUGCUGUCCCGAAGUGCAUUGACGCAAUACCUGUAUUUCACAGUUUACUGUGUGGCAGAUUUUAUGGUGUUGCACAAUGUAGCCUACUUUUUACUAUUCAAGCUGUUCCGAUGGGGCCGCAACAUCCGGUACGCCAAAUACGUUGUUUCCUACACCAUUUUGCUGUCUUAUGGCGCGAAAAUAUACCCAAUUCUCAUGCUGAUCUGGCCAUAUGAUACCAUCUUCACCACGAGUGUUAUAAAAGUUGUGGCCAAUAUUUACAUUGUAGAGGCUCUCAAAAUUGUCACCAACAAAAGCUAUUUCGACAUUGUGAUCCUCUUUCUGCUUGUUUUUUUGGCUCGGUCUCUUACGGUCAAACCUUUGCUUGCAUUGCUUGUUACCGGAGGUGAUUUCGCUUUAUGUCUCCAGUACGCCAAGUCAGAGUUACAACUAUUGUACCUAGUGGUACUUCCGAGCGCCUUUUACAGAAACUCCAAAAAUGACUGUUAA